UGAAAAUAAAUAAGACAUCACAUGGCUAGAUCUCUUUGCUAGAUUUAGCUCUGCAUAAUUGCACCGCUUCUUCCCUUAAUCCUCAUUCUGCAAUUACAAUUACUCUUAAUCUAAACCACAUUGUCAACUCUUUUUUUUUUUCCUUCCAAAUAACCCUCAUAAAUCUUGACAAAGUUCAAUUCUAUCUUCAUCUAGUUGUCUUCUCCCUUCUCACUUUUCCAUACAAAUCUUAAAACAAAGCCUUCACUAAACCCAAUUCAAUCUCUCUUUCUCUUACUCUCUGCCCAGAUCUUAAUUAUCUGCUCUUUGUCUCUCCUGCACUUUUUAAAGCUGUUCUUAUCAUAUCUUUUCUCACUACUUUAAUCUAAUAGGGAUCACAGCUCAGCUAUGAAGAACACCCAUUUGCUAAAACUCAUUCUUGGACUAACUUCGGCUACGGUUUUCAUCAGUCUCAUACUUGUCAUCUUUUUUUACUUCAAAAGAAGGGCAAGAAAUGGCCAUAAUGACGUAGAAAGCCCUGAAAUCAAGCAUAGGGAUGAGAUAGAAAUAGAGGACUUGUUGACAUUCCAAGGCGGGGAAGACCUCAUUAUCAGUGACAUUCUUGAUGCUCCCGGAGAGGUGAUAGGGAAAUCUAACUAUGGUACCUUGUACAAGGCCUUGUUUCUCAGAAGCAACUGUGUGAGGCUGCUUAGGUUCUUGAGGCCAAUUUGCACCACAAGGGCUAAAGAUUUUGGGGAGGCGAUACAGUUGCUGGGCAGCAUUAGACAUCCUAAUUUGGUCCCUCUUUUGGGUUUCUAUUCAGGGCCGAGAGGUGAAAAGCUUCUUGUGCACCCGUUUUUCAGACAUGGCAGCCUGGCUCAGUUCAUCAGAGAUGGAAAUGCUGAGUCUCACAAAUGGACCAUCGUGUAUAGGAUAUCUAUUGGCAUAGCCAAAGGAUUGGAUCAUCUUCACACAGGAUUUCAGAAGCCUGUAAUUCAUGGGAAUCUCAAGUUGAAAAACAUUUUGUUGGAUCGCAAUUACCAACCAUACAUAUCGGACUUCGGCCUGCAUCUCCUGUUGAAUCCUACUGCUGGCCAAGAAAUGCUUGAAGCUUCUGCAGCUGAUGGAUACAAAGCUCCCGAGCUUAUCAAAAUGAAAGAUGCAAGUGAGCAGACUGAUGUAUACAGCCUUGGGAUAAUCUUGCUUGAACUACUUUCAGGGAAGGAACGAAUCAAUGAGAAUCCAACCAAUGAUAAUGAUUUUCAUCUGCCAACUUUCAUGAGAAAUGCAGUUCUUGAUAGAAGGAUCACAGAUUUAUACCAUCCAGACAUAAAUGAAAGUACUGUUACUGAGGAAACUGUGCUCAAAUUCUUUCAGCUUGCUAUGGCAUGUUGUUCUCCUUCACCCUCCCUUAGACCAAACAUUAGGCAAGUCCUCUGGAGGCUUGAAGAAAUUGGAAGAUGAUGACAUCUUAUCUAUUUUGUGGGAAGUUGAACUGGGUUCUGGUGGUAGGUCAUUGUGCAGUUAAUUGCGGGCUAAAUUUCUUCACUUUGAUUUUCUAAAGUGGUGUUUGAUAAUGGCAGCAGUGAUGAAAAACAAAAUUGUCCUGUGCAGGGAGGGCAAAAUUGCUUAGUGUCUAGAAGCAAAAAAGUGGAAAUGGUGAUUUAUACGUUUAAGGAGAAGAUUCCAACAAAGCCAGGAUUGGUACUGAUUUGAAGCUGAAGUUGCACGCUUCAACCAUCCAACAAGAAUAGUGCAGCCGUGAUUGACAUUGUCGGAUUUUGGAAAUUCUUUAUUGGCAAAAGUAUCAGCAACAAAAGAUUGUGGAUCUUAUAUGGUCCCAGCUUUGCUCUGUGAAGGCAUACAAGGUUUAUUAGAAAGAGUCAAUUAUCAGCAACAAAAGUUCCUGUGUUUCUUUCUGCUGACAGAGCAAAGGUACCUCUAAACACGUUUGGGCCAUUUCCAUUUCUUGAAGAUAAAAUGGGAUGAUUCAGCAAGUUGGAUUGUUGUUUGUUCUCUGCUAAUAAAUAAGGCCAAACAGGCAAGUUUCCAAAUCUCCCCGGCAUCCCAUGGCAUCUUCCUGUAGACCUUAUAGUGAGGUAAUUCUGUAGUUCUGAUUAAUAGUGCUUAUUAUUUUUUUUUUUAAAUGGUCAAAUGUAUAUUGAACGAAAAUAGACUGGAAAAUCAUACAGGGCAUUUCCCAUUGCUCUAUGGCAUUCAGGCUUCUGUAUUAUCAUUCGCCAGCUGGCUCAAGGGUUUGGAUUGGCCCAAAGUCCAAGUGUGAUGGUGAGAGAUCCCCAUUCGAGAAACAGGGAGGUCUUGUAUUUUAUUGUAAUGUCACUUUUGGUCAAUGGUUCUCUCCUCUCAACUUUUCACAGUUUUCAUGGCAAGGGCCGGUGGGCCACUGGAUGCGCCAUUUAGCAUAAUUUAGCGUGGCACAGUCUUAGAACCCGAUGGGACCACUACUAAUCAUAUUAUUAAAACCAGUUUUUUUAUUUAUAAAUAUCAACAAGGCAAAAAUGUGUCUUCUCCGAAAAAAAAAACCAAAAAUGUUUAUUGAAAUUUUUUUCUUAAAUGCAAUGACUUCUCACCA